CACCUGAAGUGGGAAGUGACACAACGCUGGGGAUCUCUGGGAAGCAGCCCUGCGACGGGAGACGGCGCCUGCUCACCGAGGCUUUGUCAAAUCCAUUCUGGCUGCAGUUCAUGAGGCAGCUCAGCAAAACCCCAAAUCCCUCUGAGUCUUUGGGAAAUCUGAAAUGUUCCUGAGAGCUAAGCCCUGCUUUUGCAUGAGGCUGGUGGCGAUGCCUCGCUGGGCCGGGCUCCUCUCCACCGCUGCCAGAGCCGGCCUGCUGCUGCUGCUGGGCUCCCUGCUCUUCUCCUGCCCCAGCCUGAGCCACAGAGCCCCUGAGUUUGCCCUUACAAAAAUAGAAGAGAGCGACAUAAAAGAUGACAGUGGGAAGGAGCCGGUGACAGAGGAUGACGCUGAUCCUGAGGACCUGGAAGUGUUUUACCCCACGGAUCAGUGGCAAGCCCUGCAUCCAGGUCAGGCUGUUCCGGCAGGAUCACACGUGCGGCUGAACCUGGAGACGGGAGAGAGAGAAGCCAAGCUCCCAGACAGAGAAAAUGGGGAAAGUGGAACAAAAGAAGAGAGAAGAAGGAAAAGGCUGGGCAAGGUCGAUGUCAAUACAAAUUCAUUCACAUCCGAGGAGCUCAAAAAGACCUUGGCUAAAAUGAAGGAAAGUGAGAAGGCAGAAAGGAAGGCCCGAGAGGAAGAGGUGAGGAAGAAGUUCCGGCCCAUAGAGCAGCUGAAGGAGGAGUUUGAAAAGCUGAACAUGAAGAUAGAAACAGAUUAUGAAAUUAUGGUUAAAUUAAUCAGCAAAUUCAACAGCUCUGCCUCCACGCUGGAUGAAAAAGUAGCAGCGCUUUAUGAUCUCGAAUAUUAUGUUCACCAGGUGGACAAUGCCAAGGAUUUCCUGUCCAUGGGCGGGCUCCGGCUGCUGAUGGAGGGGCUGAACAGCAGCGAGGCCUCGCUGAAGGAACAUGCUGCCUUUGUCCUGGGAGCUGCCCUGUCCAGCAACCCCAGAGUGCAGAUUGAAGCCAUCGAGGGUGGUGCCCUGCAGAAGCUCCUGGUUAUCCUGGCCACAGAACAGCCCCUGGCUGUCAGGAAGAAGGCUCUCUUUGCUCUGUCCUCCAUGCUGAGGCACUUCCCCUAUGCCCAGCAGCAGUUCCUCAAGCUGGGCGGCCUCCAGGUGCUCAGGAGCCUCUUCAGGCAGAAGGGGAUGGAGCCCCUCCACGUCCGUGUGGUGACGCUGCUCUACGACCUCAUCAUGGAGAAGAUGCUGCUUGAGGACCCGCAGCACGGAGAGCAGAUGGAGGAGAAAAUCCAGCAGUACCGGCAGGUCAGGCUGGUGCCAGCGGUGGUGGAGCAGGGCUGGUGCUCCCUGGUGCCCAACCUGCUGGCCAUGCCCGAGCACGACACACGAGAAAAGGUCCUCAAGCUGGUGGGGGUCCUGGUGGCCUUCUGCAGGGAGCACUACCGCGGGGACCCCGCGCUGGGCACCACCCUCAGCCUCCUGCGCAGCGAGUACGAGGAGCUGGCGGCCGAGGAGCAGAGGGAAGGGGACAAGGAUGGCUACUUCAGGGAGCUCCUGGGCUCUAUAAACACCAUCAUCCAGGAGCUGAGGUGAAAGCGUGGGUUCAGUCCAGUUCCAGGGAAUUUGGGGUGGCAGCAAGUUUGGAUGGCAGCGGUGUAGGUGCACUUUGGAAUAAACUGCUGGACGAGACGAGAUCCCAGCACUGUGUGCCAAUAA